UCUUCCAUGGUUGUAAAUUGUAAUGCUCUGUCAAAAAUUAUUAAAAUAUGCAUUUGCUUAGCAAUAUUAGAUAUUAAAAUUAGUAUAAACAACAAAAAUAAAAGGUAAAUUAUUUUACAUGUAAAAAUGCAACGUAAAGGUGUUGUUGAUUUCACAACAACGCGAACUUCAAGAAUUGAUAGAUUCGCACAAAUGUCAAAAGUUGAACAAGUAAUCGAACAAAAGAAACGUGAAAUACAAGCAAGAUUACAAAAAAGUGGGCAAAGUGAAAUAAUCACCGAAAGUCAUUCAUCUCCGAACAAUAAUUCUCAAACUGCUGUUAAUCAACAACCAGUUAAAACAUCGAGUACUAGUGAAUCGGAGAAAUCUGUAAAAAAUGCAACAAAUUCGUGUAUAAAUAUUUUUUCAAAUGAUGGAUCUUUCCUGGAUCAAUUCAAACAGUUAAAUAAGGAGGGUACAUCAACAUCGUCAUGCAUUAAUAAUAAAAAGAAAUCUAAAACGGAAAAAAAUGAUAACGAAAAUUAUAGCCAUUUCGAUAAGCAUGAUGAAAAAAAGAAUAGUGAUCGUUCAAAAUCAAGUCGUUGGUCAUCUAGUCGAGAUAAAGACACCUAUAACAAUAAUGGAAAUUAUUCGAAUUAUUCCAAGCAACAGAGAUAUCAAGAAAAACAUUCAAGAUUUGACCAAUCUGCAAUACCACCAUUGAUGAGCCAACAUACUACUUAUUCAAAUCCCACAACAGUCUCAUCAAAUACAUUAAUAUCCACCAAUUAUCCACUACCUUAUUCGGGAACCUUAAAUGUCCCUCCCCCAUCACACAUUCAACAUUCUACAACACCACCUAUUCAAUUACAAAACAUUCCACCACCUUUACCUAUUCGUUUAAAUGAAAUUCCAAAUCCAAAACCGUUAGAGAUACAAAACAUUCCACCUCCAGGUCAAUUACACGAUAAAAAUUUAAUAAAUACUGAAGUUUUAAAAAAUAUCCCUCCACCAAAUAAGUCAAUACCACCGCCAUGCCUAAAUCCAUCCAAUUCAACAAAACCUGUGGACAAUAAUAUUGUUAAUAUUAAUGUUAGUUAUCCUCCUCCAAAUCCAAAUUCAUCAAUUCCAAUCGUGCCUCCACCAGUUCUAGCCACUCAAACAACUAUGCCUCCACCAAGUGCACCUUUAACAACAAUUUUACAUCCUCAAGGACAAUAUUCAAGUAAUACGCUAUCAGGUGUAACACAAGCUACUAUUCCUUCUUUAAUGAGUCAACCAGUAUUACCACCAGCUGGGAUGAAUGUUUGCAUUCAACCACAAAUAAAUUUACCACCACCACCAAUUGUGGCUUCAACAUCCACAUCUGUAAUACCAUCACUUUUAACACAACCUCCACCAAAUACGCAAAUUACAAAUUCAAUACCACCCAUGACGGUACCACCUCCAAAUAUAAUAUCUUCAACCAAAAAUAAUUCAGUCUGCCCCAUAGGAUCUGAAAGUUACGCCGCAAUGAGCUCCGUCGCUCGCAUGGUGGCGCAGUGUGGAACGAGCUUUGAGGAUGCUGUUCGUCAACGAAGUCAUCAAGAUCCUAAAAUGUGGUUCAUUUAUGAUAAAAAUUCAUCUGCUUAUCGUCAAUAUCAGGAGUUAGUGAAUCAAUUCAAAGCUGAGUUCAAUCAAUCCAAUGACAAUACUGAAUAUAAACCAGAAGAUUUAUAUGAAUCAGAUAACUUAUCAAAUACUGAUGAUCGAAGCAACAAUGACAGUGAAGAUUUGAAAAAGGAUAUUAGAUAUCCUUUAAAGGAUCCUAAUGAAAUUAAAAAAGAAAUACCAUCUUCCUCUUAUUCAUAUAAUUCUAAUUUUAGUACAUCUAUUAAAAAUGAAUCUCAAAUUAAAGAAGAAUCUGAUAGUGAUUCUGAUAAUGAAUCCAGUAAACGUCGAAAACGACGAAGAAAAAGUAGAUGGGGAAAUCAAUCAACAGAUGUGCCACCGCCAGUUAUUUCCCUUCCACCACAAGUAGCACCUAUAAAAAAUAACAUUGUUACUGGAAAAGAUUCCAUGAUGUUAACAAAAGUAACACGAAGCGAUCCUGCAUUACUUCAGUAUGCUGUAAAUACAUUUGGUACCGCAAAUUUAUCUGAAGAAGAUUGGCAAAAGGCUGAAGAUCAUUAUAAGAUAAAUUUGCUAUAUCAAGAUAUGUUACGAAAGCGACAAGAAUUGGAACGAUUACAAAAAGCUGGUAAAUUUAAGUAUGAAUAUGAUUCUGAUGAAGAAGUUGAUGGUGGCACAUGGGAACAUAAAAUUCGGAUGCAAGAAAUGGAAGCAACCAAAUUAUGGGCUUCUGAAUUAACUAAAAAAGCUGAAGGGAAACAUCACAUAGGUGAUUUUCUACCACCAGAAGAAUUGCGUAAAUUUUUAGAACAAUCUACAGCAGCAAAAGAAGGUCGCGAACCUGAUUUAUCAGAUUAUAAAGAAUAUAAAUUAAAAUCUGAUAAUAUUGGGUUCAAAAUGUUACAAAAGCUUGGAUGGUCAGAAGGUCAAGGAUUAGGAGUAGAAGGUUCUGGUAUUAUCGAACCUGUUAAUAAAGCAUCUCAACGAGAAACAAAUCAAGGACUAGGACUUACUACCGGUGAAAUAAAAGGAAAUGAUGAUGAAUAUGAUGCUUAUCGAAAAAGAAUGAUGUUAGCAUAUCGGUUUAGACCAAAUCCUUUGAAUAAUCCACGAAGGCCGUAUUAUUGAACUUACUAUUUUGUGCUUAUAUACGUU